UGAUGCUCUGUGCCUGUGAUGCUGCUGCAGGUAAGGUUUUCACUGCACCUGUGCACACACAUGGACUUGUGCAGAUGUAAACUCGACUUUGACUUUUUCCAGCGUUUUGUUUGUGUUGAAGUUACUCGUGGUCCAGGACAUCCUGAGUGAGUUGAUGAAUCUUCCUUAAUUCUCCCCCCGGCUGCAGGCUCUGCACUGAUCCACAACCUGCAGCCCACCGCUGCUCAGGGACCUCGCCCGGCUGAUGCGGGCUUCUGCUGCCGGGCUCGCUGAUAAACUCCGGGAGCGGUGGCGCUCGGCCAGCGGACCCGCCGUCACUCCGGGAGGGCGAACGGUCGGCCAGUCCGUCAGUCAGUCUCCGGCCGUCUGUCAGCUGCCGGGCGCGGCCCGGGGUCACCGUCACCGUCACCAUGAGGUUUCGUUUCUGUGGCGACCUGGACUGUCCUGACUGGGUUCUGGCAGAGAUCAGCACCUUGGCAAAAGUAUCAUCCGUGAAGAUAAAGUUGCUCUGUGUCCAGGUACUGAGAGAUCUCCUGGGAGAAGGAAUUGAUUAUGAGAAGAUUACAAAACUAACUGCAGACGCCAAGUUUGACUCGAGUGACAUUAAAGCCACAAUUGCAGUGCACUUUGUUUUAUCAAGUGCUGCCAAAUAUGGAGUCAACGGAGAGUCGUUGUCAAGCGAAUUACAACAACUUGGUCUGCCAAAAGAACAUGCUGCUGCACUUUGUAAAUCUUAUGAAGACAAACAGACUGCCCUUCAGGACAAACUAAAGGAGAGCAGCCUGCGCCUAAACAAACUAGACUCCGUGUCAUGGAGAGUGGAUUACACUCUAAGUUCCAGUGAGCUGAAGGAGGUAAAUGAACCAAUUGUCCACCUGAAGAUUAACGUCCAGAACGUAGACACGGGUGCUGUGGAACCGACUGUGGUUUCGGUGUCGGCUGAUAAGUUCAGAGUCUUACUCACAGAACUCAAGCAAGCGCAAGCACUGAUGAAUGCCUUGAACUAAAUAACGUGGUGCAACUACGUUCAGCUUUUCCAGAAGCUGUGAUCUUGCUGGAUUGACGGGCGACUGGAAGGAAAGAGUGAAUGUCCUGAUGCAUUUAUUAAAAGAAAACAAUGACUUAUUGCUCCCUGUAGAAAAGGUUGCUUGGGUUGUGAAUCCCAGGAGACUUGAGCAUUCCAUUUAAGCACUUACACAAACAAUGCAGAAAUAUGUUUGCAAGUUCAGAGAAUUAGAAUGUGACUCUAAAUCUUAACAAAGCACUUUCUAGAGAUUUGUUUUUGUCUGAUAUAUUAGUCUUUAGCCUUGCUGUGGGAAUAUAACUGAACUACCCUAGGCUGAUAUUACAGCCUGCUUCACGUCUCUUGAAGGCUGAUUAGGUCCUUUUCAAUGGCUAAGCCCUCUGAUCUCUGAACCCAGCACUGUACAGGAUUCUUUAAGUGCAACUGCAGAUUAAAACAUUGACUGUUCCCUUAGGCUUUGCUUUAAUCCCAGUGACAUGAUGUGGAUAGUCACCUUUGCAGUAGCUCUUUAGGGCACCAUAUUAAGCAUCUUCAUUGUGGGAUUCCUCAGCACAAGGUCUGUAUCUAUAAAAAUGAAGCAGUUAGAAAUUGGAAAAAUCAUUCCAUGUCAAUAAUUGUGUCUAAGGAAUUGGGACAGUGUGAAUGGGCUCCUUGUUCAAUGCCUGUGCUGCAUAUUAAACCACCACUUUUGGGUUCCCAGUAAUGUCAACACACACUUCACUAAUUAACAAAUUUUUGAGAUUCAACCAAGUACCUAUGAUCAGAUUUCUUUUUCUACAAGAAUCUGACGCCAAUUGGAUGAUAAAGCCUUUGAACCUGUUCCUUUAGCCACUAAUCUCCCAGUGUGUGUUUACUUAGACAAAUGAGGAGGACAUCAGCUCGUCUCCAAAUGUGUUGUUUGUUUGACAGGGAAGCUGCCAAAGAAUUGAUGGCAACUUCAUAAAAUGGUAACCUCAAGAGUCAGGGUAUUGUCAGGGAGCCAGUGUGGUUCGUCCUAGCUUUGUCACAUUGCUACCCUGGUGUUUAAGUUACCUGGGAGUAAAGGAACUUUGAAAUGAACCUACAUGAUCAAGCUUGAGAAACGAUCACCAAAUUGGGCCUAAUCACUUAAAUAACUUGUGGGAAACCAGUGCACGAGAGAAAGUGAUGCAAUAAUUACGAUUUUUCCCAUCGUUUUUCAGAAAGCUAUGCUUUGGUGCAGUGUUACUAUUAUGGCUUUUGAACUCUCAUGGAAGGAUUCAAACAGAUAAAAUGGUGAUGUUUGGCUAGGUCAAUAUCUAGUUUAUGUAGAUUGCAGAACCACUUGUGUGGAAAUGGGCAACUUACUCUGUCUUGUGGUUUGGCAUCUUGUGGGCUUGAGUAUCCGGGCCAACUACAGCAAGCUUUGCUCUUCAACAGCUUGCACUGUGGCUGCUGGGUGAAGGUUUGAGUUGGACAACGACUGCUCAGAAUGAUUGCCCACUGAGUCCUUCACCUGAGUACAAAUAGUCACCGUAAUUCUUGAGGUUACACUCUCCAAAAUGAAGCAAUGUCCCACUAGCCUCAUUACGAUCCCUAAAAAUAGCCUUGAGGUUUUCCCAGAUUUGUAAGUUUUCCAUUAGUGUAAAAGCAUUUAUUUGCUGAUUUCCCAAUCAUGUCCAACACUUGAUUCUAGAUUGUGGGCUGCAUUGUAAAUGGAGCACAAGAAUUGAUAGUUCAGCCCUGUCUUUGAGUUUAAUUUGAAAUCCAUUGGGUUAGCAGCAUCUAAAAUACUUGUGCUGGUCUGAGGCAGGCAGGAGCCUAGUCUACAAAUUUCAGGAACAUGGCAACAGUGGUGCAUUGAGUUCUCUAUCUGUGGGAUGACAAGCAACCUGAACUUUGCCUUCAAAGUUUAAAACAAAAGAGAAUGUCCGUUCCAAAUCAAGAUGCACGUUGUGGGGAAUUGUUUACAUAUGUUAAAUAAAGUUGCAAAAGAAAACUCAGAAGAAAUUUAAAUUUGACUAUGUCAUUUACUUUGUAAUAUUUAUCAAUGUAUUCUGCAGAAACUCGUGUGACAGUUUGAGUGAUAUUGUACCUUUUUCUUAAUCAGGGACUUGUAACGUGCAGUAUUGUAAUUGGUAGCAUUUUUACCCAGUUGCUCCAAGUAGCGUAAUCGUAUGUUUGGGCACAGUUGAAGAUCUUUGAGUACUGCAAUUUACCAGUACGUUUAUGCUAUGUACAGAUUUGUCUUUUGGUUUUCAGCAUCUAUGCCGAGAAGCUGUUUUUUGCGGCCAAACUGGGAUUCAGGUUGAGGACCGUCCAGCUCAUUAAUGGCAACAUGUAAACAUAAAUUGUGAAAAUAAAGUUUUAAGUUUGUCAGAACUGAA